UCAUACUCAUUACAGCAUGUUUACAGUCUGGUAAACAAUCAACACAUGUGAGAGACACAACUCCAGUUUCUAUAUUCUUGCUACGAAAUUGAUAAACAAUUGAUUGUGAAGAUGAGUUCUAGGCGGGGCGAUAAAGGACAUCGCACACGUGCUCAAAAACACCAAAACACCUUUGCUUUCAAGAAUGAUUUGCACGAUAAGCAUACCCCGUUGAUAAAGUUGAUAAAUACGCUCAACGUUAGCGAAGUUUGUGAGCGUUGCAAAGAAGUGAUCGAUUGGAAGAUCAAGUAUCGCAAGUACAAGCCACUAACGCAGCCCAAAACGUGCAACAAGUGUAAUGAACGCAAAGUUAAGCGAGCGUAUCAUGUCCUGUGUCGAGACUGUGCUAUCGCUAGCAAGUGUUGUGCGAAGUGUCUCAAAACAUCCGAAGAAGUUAACAUCAUCCCCCCGGAGCCAACAGAUGAAGAAAAACAGAAAAUGAAGAUUGAAAUGGAUCAACUAAUAAAAUCCCUUCCGGAGCGUAAACGUAGAACGUUUCUACGGUAUAUGAACAAGGGCGAAAAGAAGGAGAAAAAUGCCGGAUCGGAUUGCGAGGAAGAUGACCAGAAAAGUAAGAAAAAGCCGGAAAAUGUUACUCGAACUCGGGAACAAUUGAUGGAGAAGUUUGAACAACUAAAACUUGCUGGGAAUGGAGAUGCAGAAGAUUUGUUUUCGGAUGAUGAUUAUGAAGAUUAUAGCGAUGAAGAAAUUUCUGGGUGAUUAUCGUAGGAGAAUAUAUGGUUCAACUUGAAUCGUAAAUAAAGGAAUUAUUUAUACAUUCA